AUGAUCAAAAGCACUGGAAACGGAACCGCAACAGUGGAUACAAGUGGACUGUUUGAUGACCUUGGUAAGUCUCGUUCUAGAAUUAGUAGAAUCACGAUUUGUCUAUGCAGCAUCACGAUAAUUCGAACGUAACCUAACUUGUUCCCUUUCUCAGUUUAAUUCUACCCCGAUAUUUACAACCCCCUGAUUAUUCGAAUCAUGCAUUUAAAUGCUUGUAGCGUUGACCGGUCGUUUCGCCAACGUCCCAUUCGCUAACGUGAAAACGUCCGUAAACCCGUUUAGCGCAUCAUUUUUCUGUACAUAAUUACCUCGAAAGUCUAACUCUAAGUACUUGAGUACGCCGUACUCGUUUAACUGUGAACACUUUGAAGUAUUUAAAAGUCUUUUCUACCGAUACGAAACCCUUCUUGGCCGUGCACACAUAACAAUAAUGCAGAUAAUUAUUUACAAUUGUAUUAAUCAGUGCUCCUUUAUCAAUUUCUUUCUGUCUCUGUUCUGGUUAAUAUUUACUUUUUUUUCAAAGAUAACAGUUAGAAUUGUGGGAACAAAUAAUUAUACAACAUUUUUCAUGUAUCUCUGCAUCACCCUUGUAAUUUUUUCACAACCGAAAGCUUGUCUUAACAGCUUUCUGAUAAUCUGUUGUUUAUUUACAGAAUUGCUGAAUAACCCAUUAGAAGACACCGAUAUCUUAGACCAGGAAGGUCCUGAUGAAACCAAGUUUCCACUUGGCUUUCUUGAUGAGCUGAACACCACCUUGCCAGUAACUACAGAUCCAUUAGAAAGUAUUCUGGAUUUGGAAAAGUCAACAAGUUCAAUGGACAAUCCAUUCUUUGAAGAAUUUAUGGAUCUUGACCAGCUAUUUCCAGAACUCUCAUCUGUUGAUUUUGGGUUUGAAGUGGAGCAGGCCUCGCCAGUUCUCACUUCAGACAUCUGCCAAUCAGAUGUAGUGACCGUAGAUACUGGCGAGUGUCCUGAAGCAGCUUCCCCCUGUAGUGACAUCAUUGAUGUGGUAACAUUUGAAAGUAGUGCUGAGGUACCAAUAUGUCCGCUGGAUGAAAGCAUCAUUGACAUUGCCCUCUCCUCUGAGUACACAGUAGAUGUAGUGACUGUGGACGAGGGUAGUGUCUCCAUGGAGACAGUCACAGAUCUUAUUGACUGCCACCAAAUUGAGGCAUCAUCUCAACCUGUGUCUGAUAAAGCUGAGAUCACAGUAGUUGAAGCAUCAGACCCGUUGACACUUUUGACACAAGAGCUGACAGAAACAUCCUCCUUGAAAGAAAUCAGUGAGCUUCCCCCGUCAACUCUGACAGUCGACCUUGAUCAACUGCUGGCAUUUUCUUCUACUGUUGAACUUGCUGAUGUUGCAUCACCUUGCACAGACGAUGGUACUGAAAGCACAACAGGAUCACCAGAGGUUUCUGUUAACCCUGCGACUCGGGCAAACAAAAAGAGAGCAUCUUCUGAGGAAAGAUCCCAUCCUCCACCCAAAAAACCUAAGUGUAAUGAUGGUGAUGGUAGUGAACUUGACAAAAAAACUAUCAGGCGACUUAAGAACAAUGUUGCUUCUAAAUAUGCUCGUGCUGCCAGAAAGCAGAAAGAACAGGAAUUGUUUAAGCAGGAAGAGGAAUUAGAGAAAAGCAAUGCUGAACUGAGGAAGCAGUUACAAGAACUUGAGCUUCUCACAACUGCAUUGAGGAAAGUUCUCGUUGAAAAAUUAAGUGGAGCAACAUUUCCUUUGUAAAAUAGCAACAAUGAGUGAAAGAAAAAAAAGAGCAAAAAUUUAAAAACGAAUAAGGUUUCCAUUAAUAUUUAACUGUGAUGGAAAUUACUCAAAAAAAAAAAAAAAAAACAAAACAACAACUUGCAACAAAAAAAAUAAGUCAAAAAAAAAGAAGCAAAAUUUGUUACUCGCUUUGAACUAAUAUGACCAGCACUGUCUGUUGGGACUACAGACAUGUGUUUUAUUGUACAAGCCAUUUGGUCUAGCUGCUGUUUAUUCAUAACAUUAUAGUGGUAUAUUUUACUCACAUUAUUAACCAGAAGUAUGUUAACCUCUCAGUCAUUUAAAAUACUGUUUGUUGUAAUGAUAUUAUUAUUAUUAGAGUGUUUUAGUUUGAAAUAAACAGGGUUAAUCAAUGUUAUGGUUGUGGAUCUUUGUUUUGUUUGCAGGGGAUAGAUUAUUACUUUGUGGCUCAGUCAGUUCAUGUAACAGAACAAGUAAUACAUUAUUUGCAGCAGGGAGAUUUUAAUAAGGGCAGGGCCUCCUUGCAUUGGCACCAUUUGCUUUGCACUACAUAGUAGGGUUCAGCAAGGGCUAAUGAAUGUCAACAAAUGAUUGGUAGGUAAUCACACAAUUUUACAAUUUUCUAAAAAGGGAUUCAUUUUUGAAGAAUUAGUUAUUGUUUCUUGGUAGAUUGUAAUGGUUCUUCAAUGACAAAAUCCAACGUUCCUACAUAUUCUCAAGGCUGUAAUUAUUGUCUCAUGUCGCCAGGGAAUACUGUAAAAUGCCGAAAAUAAGCCCUGGGGCUUAUAUUUUUCAAAGGCUCUUUUUGGGGGGCUUAUAUUCGAAGGGGCUCAUCUACGAAGGGAAAUUUGCAUUUCAAAAUCGAGUGGGCUGGCCUUAUAAUUGGAAGUAAAUUUACCGUUUUUUCUUUGUUUUACUUUGUAGUUGAGGGCUUAUGUUUGGAGGGGCGAUUUAACAGAGGGUUUUUUUGCGUUACCAGUUGGGGGGUUUAUAUUUGGAGGGAAUUAUACAUGGAGGUGCUUAUUUGCGGAAUUUUACGGUAUGCAAUUUGAACAGCUGGGAAUUUCCUUUGGUUGUACAUUGCAUUUUCCUUCAGUUUCCUAUGAAAAAAGGUUGCCAGGGGUUAUGCUCAUAGCAGCCUGGGGAAAUCCCUCAAAUUAUUCCACCGGCAUGUAAAAUGAAAUGUGGCUUGGUUCUUAACGUUGGAGUUUUUAAUUGUUUUGACACGCUUUUUUUUCAACCUAUAAGAGUUGGGAAGAGUUGAAGAGAGGUGUGCAGAUUUGGCUUGUGCUUCUUUAGCUUUCUCAGCCUCCCAGAGUUGUUGUCCUUCUUGUGUUCUUCUUACUUGUUUCAUAAUUUUGGUGCAAUAUUGGUGGAUGAAGGAAGUGGUGAAAAAUCAAAAUAGAACACAAUAAUAGUAGUGAUGAUCACAACAACAACAAUAAUAAGGCAUAGCUACUGAGAUAUAUCACCUAUGAGACUAUAUUUCUUCA